UAUUGAUGUCUUGUGUGAUGUGUUGUUUGCGCUGAAAAUUUCUGAAAAUGGAUUUAGAUAAUUUCCUGCUGAUUUUGGAUGAAGAGGAGACGUAUGGUGAAUGGGUGAGUAUGAAUCACCACACUGGUUUUGUGUACACAAGCAACGCGACAGGCAUGAUGCAGCAGCCGUUGAAGAAGGACUAUAGAAAGAAGAGACAAUACUCUGGGAAAGGAUAUUAUGGAGAGCCCCCGUCAAAAAAGUCUGCGCCUUCAAUCAAACUGGAGGCAGGAUUCAAGUGGAAUUUACAGGCGCUGGCAAACGCAGCGGACGCUGUGGAAACGGGCGGCAAAUCGCCGGUGUCUGCGCUGAAUGAGUUGGGGGUCCGAGUGAACUACACUGUCUUACAGCAGGGGGGCCCGGCCCACUGCCCGAGUUUCACAGUCGCUGUUACAGUAGCGGACAUGACCUUCGAAGGCUGGGGUCACAGCAAACGCGAGGCGCGCGCGUCGGCGGCCCGCGCCUGCUUGUCCGCCCUGCUGGCGCGCGCCGGCCGCGUGCUGCCGGCACCGGGCGCCGGCCCGCAGCAGGACUUCACCAGCGACGAGCCCGGGAGGAUGCCAGCCGCCGACGGCACCCCGCCCCCCACUUCUUGCCCGGCGACGGCGCUAUUCGGCGCGACCAACAACGCGGCCGUCAACAAGAGUCCCAUCAACGUUCUGUACGAGAACUAUCCUGGACUCAACUUCGUGUGCACUUUUGGGGACGGAUCGCAGCUGGACUCCAGCCAAGCUCCACUCCAGUUGAGCCAUAGUAUGAGGUUCAAAGUGGUUUGUUGCGUGAAAGACCAGAAGUUUGAAGGAUAUGGGUCCAGCAAAAAACUAGCCAAGCUGGCAGCGGCUCGUUCAGCAUUAGCUGUCUUAGACGAGGGCCGCGUGGAGUCUCCGCCGCCCUCAGCCAUGGCUGGCUUCCUGCCGCAGACCCUGGCCGACCACGUGGGGAAACUGGUGAACGAGAAAUUCAAUGAGGUGAUGAAGGGUGAUCUGGUCCACUCCAAGAGAAAGGUGCUUGCUGGUAUCGUCAUCACCAUCAACAACAGGACUGAGGAUGCCAGGGUAAUCGCGGUGACCACCGGCACCAAGUGCGUAUCCGGUGAGCAUAUGUCUGUGCGAGGGAGGGUACUCAACGAUUGUCACGCUGAGGUGACGGCCCGGCGUUGCUUGCAGCGGCAUCUAUACGCGCAACUCUUGAUGUACGCUUCUGCUGAAGAUCCCAAGGCCACCAUCGCUUCAUCUGACCUAGAACCGGUGCCAGGCGGCGGCUACCAGAUGAAGCCGGACCGUCAGAUACAUUUGUAUGUGAGCACCGCUCCCUGUGGCGAUGGGAGGAUAUUCAGUCCCCAUGAACAACCGCAGCCGGAGCCUGACAGACACCCUAACAGGCUCGCCCGAGGUCAGCUGAGGACAAAGAUCGAGUCCGGGGAAGGCACUAUCCCGGUCAAAAACUGCACCAAUGUGGUACAGACUUGGGACGGGGUUAUGCAGGGCGAGCGCCUCCUAACAAUGUCGUGUUCAGACAAAGUCGCGCGCUGGUGCGUCGUAGGGCUCCAGGGCGCUUUGCUGUCGCGUUGCAUACGCCCGGUGCACCUGCACUCGCUGGUACUGGGCUCGCUGCUGCACCCGCACCAUAUGUACAGGUCAGUCGCUUAAGUCACUUACAGGGCACUCACUUAAGUCACUUACAGGUCAGUCAC